CGUGUCUGCGGAAGCCGGAAGUAGCGGCUGUGCGGAGACUCGGGAGGCCGGGGCCGUUCUAGCGUCCGGCUCACUCUCCUUCCUUCCUUCCCCCGCCGUUUCCAUGGCGGUGGCGAGGCUCCUCUUGGCGCUGGCGCUGGCUGGGCCUCCCUCGGCGCGGGCCUUCUACCUCCCCGGCUUGGCCCCCGUCAACUUCUGCCAGGACUCCGGAGGCAAGGACGGCGAGUGCAAGUCUUCCAUAGAGGUGUUUGUAAACAGACUGGACUCUGUAGAAUCAGUCCUUCCUUAUGAGUAUACUGCGUUUGAUUUUUGUCAAGCACCAGGAGAAAAACGUCCAUCUGAAAAUCUUGGUCAAGUAUUAUUUGGAGAGAGGAUUGAACCAUCUCCAUACAAGUUUACAUUUAAAAAAGAAGAAACAUGCAAGCCUGUUUGUACAAAAGAAUAUGAUCUGAAAAAACUUGAAGAUAAACAAAAGCUAGAUUUUCUGAAAAAGAGCAUGCUACUGAAUUAUCAACAUCAUUGGAUUGUGGACAAUAUGCCUGUAACAUGGUGUUAUGAGGUGGAAGAUAAUCAAUGGUUUUGCAAUCCUGGCUUUCCCAUUGGUUGUUUCAUAAGAAAAGAUGGCCAUCCCAAAGAUGCCUGUGUUAUCAAUUCAGAGUUCCGUGAACACAAUACCUUCUAUAUCUUCAAUCAUGUGGACAUUAGAAUAGUCUACCAUGUUGUAGAAAAUGAAGCACCUAGUGCAAGACUAGUAGCUGCUAAACUUAAACCAAAAAGUUUCAAGCAUACAGAUGCUGAAAAGCCAGACUGCUCAGGACCUCCUAUGGAUAUAAGUAAUGAAAUGACGGAUGGAAAGGUCAAAAUUGCGUACACAUAUUCAGUUUCUUUUGAGGAAAAUAAGGAAAUCAGAUGGGCAUCUAGAUGGGAUUACAUUUUAGAAUCAAUGCCUCACACACACAUACAGUGGUUUAGUAUUAUGAAUUCUCUUGUGAUUGUCCUCUUCCUUUCUGGAAUGGUAGCUAUGAUCAUGCUAAGAACUCUCCAUAAGGACAUUGCAAGAUACAAUCAAAUGGAUUCUACGGAGGAUGCUCAGGAAGAAUUUGGAUGGAAGUUGGUUCAUGGUGAUAUAUUUAGGCCACCACGAAAAGGAAUGCUGCUUUCUGUGUUUCUAGGCUCUGGAACACAGAUUUUAAUUAUGACAUUUGUUACUUUAUUCUUUGCCUGCCUUGGAUUUUUAUCACCUGCAAAUCGGGGAGCAUUAAUGACCUGCGCUGUGGUCUUGUGGGUGCUCCUUGGAACCCCAGCAGGUUAUGUUGCUGCUAGGUUUUACAAAUCAUUUGGAGGUGAAAAAUGGAAAACAAAUGUUCUGCUGACAGCCUUUCUUUGUCCUGGCAUUGUGUUUGCAGACUUCUUUAUCAUGAAUCUGAUUCUCUGGGGAGAAGGCUCCUCUGCAGCCAUUCCUUUUGGCACUUUGGUAGCUGUUCUGGCUCUCUGGUUUUGCAUAUCGGUACCACUGACAUUCAUUGGGGCCUACUUUGGUUUUAAAAAAAAUGCCAUAGAACAUCCAGUUCGAACAAACCAGAUUCCUCGUCAGAUUCCUGAACAGUCAUUUUAUACAAAGCCGCUACCUGGCAUCAUUAUGGGAGGUAUUCUGCCCUUUGGAUGUAUUUUCAUACAACUUUUCUUCAUCCUCAAUAGCAUAUGGUCUCAUCAGAUGUAUUACAUGUUUGGGUUCCUUUUCUUGGUAUUCAUCAUUCUGGUUAUCACUUGUUCAGAGGCCACUAUUCUUCUUUGCUAUUUCCACUUGUGUGCAGAGGACUACCACUGGCAAUGGCGUUCAUUUCUUACCAGUGGCUUUACAGCUGUUUAUUUUCUUAUAUAUGCAGUACAUUAUUUCUUUUCCAAACUUCAAAUUACGGGUACAGCAAGCACAAUUUUAUAUUUUGGCUACACAAUGAUUAUGGUCUUGAUAUUCUUCCUUUUUACAGGAACAAUUGGAUUCUUCGCAUGCUUUUGGUUUGUUACCAAAAUAUACAGUGUCGUAAAAGUUGAUUGAAGAAACUGUCAUGUAAAAUACAGAAGCUAUCAACAUAAUUUAAAGACAUGCUUUUGAAAAGGAAUUUAAGCUUUAUCUGGAGUAUUGAUUUAUGAACUUUGUGAAUUAUGCUGAAUAUAUCUUUUCUCCCACUCAAACAUUUGUAUUGUAACUUUGCAAUCUGCUUUCACUUGGUUGUUCUUAAUGAAGUUUGGACUUAAAUAUUGUAUGCAUUGUAAAUAUUGCUAUUCUGGAGCUUUUAAAUUCUAAUGACAGCCGAGAAGUGAUUUAAUAUUCUUUCUAAAAGAAUGGUUGUAAAUACAGUUUUGUAAUCCAGGAUCUAAUCUUGUGCUACUAUACUUGUGCUAACCUAAAGAUGUGUCUCCUACUGUCUUCCCUUCUGCUGCCCUCCACAGUCAACUGAUCUGGUCCAGAGAGUUUCUUAUGUAUAACUAAGCAGUUAGAUAGUAGGGAGGGGAAUCACUGCUUCCAUCAAUGUAAAACCUCUGAUCCUGGUUCUAGGUUUUUUGGGGUGGAAUUUUAUUUUAUUUUUAUUUUUUUGAAGGAAUGGUGGGUUUUCUAUCAUGAUUUUGAUGGUCGACUCAGUGUGUUGCUUCAAAUUCAAAUGCUUCUAUUUUAUAUUGAAGCUAUGGCCAUAAAUCCUUCUCCAUUGCAUCUGUGACUUCAUUAGGUUCCAUUGGUGUUGGCCUUUUAAAAUAUGUGCCUCUUAAGUCUUGAUAUCUUAUAUUAAAAAUCCUAAUAAAUACUGUAAAGAUUUUCAUUGGAUUAUUAUACAUUAUAAAUAAAUCUAUAAAAUUUUGUAAAUAAAAAUAUAUAGAUGAUAUGUUUUUAAAAUAUGUAGAUUAUUUUAUCAUGUGUUGAAUUAUAGUUUGAUUUAACCUGUUUGUUAAUCUUCUCCAUACAAGAAUGACAUUUCAUAACAGUACUGCAAUAUCAGGUCUAAUCCAGUACCAUAAUUAGAUUAAGAGAUUCAGUAAUAUGUUGAAAAAAAUCUGUAUUUAUAUAGAAGCAAUAUGCACUGUCAAGUGUGUUCAGAACAGAUUUUAAUGAUGCAUAUUAUGCAAAAAUGGCUGAUGGCUUUGUCCUUUGGACAUACAGAAGCACUGUUGGCUGUGUAUUAAACAGAAUAAAAUUUGUUGUAUUGAUUUAACAUUAAUCUACAUACAUUUUCAAUAAUUAUAAUGGGAAUAUGUUUAUUGUAUUGAAUACUUGAGUUGAUGGAGCCAGCAUGGCUAAUGGUUCACCUGUUAGCAAUGCUUGCAUAUUUUGUGCAAGAGCACACUUGCUACCAUAUAACUGCAUGUUUUGGGCUCAGAAGUUGCAAAACUAGAUAAAUGAACUGAAGUUUUUUCUAAUGCUCUUUCUAAAAAUCAUAAUUAAGGUUGUUUGGAUAUUUAAAUCCAAUAAAAUAUUAUUUGUUAAUAA